CGCAGUUGUUCUGUCUACUUAACCUAUUGGGUUAAGUAGACUACAUUAAAAAAAAUAUUUGUCUAAUCAAGAAAGUUCAAAAUUGAAAAGUUUAAGUCGAGAAUGAUUUUAAAGGCGGAAGAUAAAUUCGAAGUUAAAUUGGUUUCGAAAUUUCGGCUACGCGAUGUUUGGCUUGCCUCUUGAACUGCAAAUAUUAUCCGUAAAUGUCUUAGGCUUGGCCAGCAUCACUUUAAACUGGAACUGGUUUAAGUGGGACCAGCAGCUAGAGAAGAUCUCGAACGUCUCAGUUUCACAAUCCGACGAAUUAAAUGUAGAAAAUAUCGACUGGCUUAAGACGAUUUUAUCAUGGAUUGUCGUCGCACGAUUCAUCAUCGAUCGCGUCUCGCUCCUCGCAUACGUGGCUAACAUUUACACAAUAGUGACGCGAAGCCGGCAGAAUUUGCUCAUACCUUGGAUGGUACUCACUUGUCUUAAAGAUAUCAUUUUGGAAGUCGUCGUGAUUGUUAUUACUUUCCUGCUAUGGCAUGCUACGAAGGGAAGCUUCCCGACGUCGCUCCUCGUUGAGUUUAUCGUAGACAAAACAAUAAGAAUGGUUAUCUCGAUCGGCAAGUUGUGCACAACCCUCAAAUGGUAUAUGCAGCUACGAAGGGUGGCGAAACUUCGCAGGUUUACAAUAAUAGCGCGGAGAAGCAUCGCGAGUAUUCCUAAUGUUCCCGGCAGAGUUGGUCGUUCUCUGGAUGAUGAGUGUCUUGGUAUAGCGAUAAUUAGACGAGGCAAGUAUGCGAGUCUAUUAAAUCUGGAAAGGCAUUCUGAGGAAUCUUCCAGCAGCACGAACACGAAAUCCUUGACGACCUUAGUCACUGACGACACGAAUGGCACGAAUGGCACGAACGGCGCGAACGGUUACAUUUCCGAUGAUUUGAGCGUGGCUGAAAAAUCGAUGAGGAUGUUGAAUGUAACUGCGGAGGAUGUGAUGGACGCGCGUGCCAGGAUACAAGAGCGAUCUUAUUGGAACGAGCAAGACGCGAUUGCGGAAACACCUGAAGUGAUAGAAGAAGUAAUAAAGCAACUUCCUUUGGAAAAGAACGAAGAAGAAAUAAUCAAUGCAGCAAGAAAUACACAGUUAACGAAGGAUAAUUUAGCAAAAACUGUGAAUAAUACCUUGAAAAAAGAAAAUAUGGGGUAUCUUCCAGUGAAGAAAGAAGAGGAAAAAGGUAAUGAAGAAACUAUUCUGAUUGACGAGAAAGAACAGAUUUUGACUGAAAAUCAGGAAAACGUUUUAUUGAAAAGCGAAAAAUUCACGUCUGACGAAGUGGAUCACGCGAAAUCAACGGAUUCUCAUGAUAUUUAUGUGACAUCGAAGAAGAAAAGAAAAGAGAAAAAGGAAGGAGUUGAAAAGAUCGUGCAAUGUCCUUCGUUCCAGAGUAUGAAUGCAAGAAACACAGAGGCUAAGCCAUGUGCCUCCCUCAUAAGAAAAUUAGAGGCGAAAUUCUGUCCCGUUUCUGUAAAUCAACAGAAGUGGAUCGAUAAAGUCGAUCGUAAAGGGUAUCCUUAUGAAGUCAACACACAAUUAACUCCAACUAGUUCAAGCGCAAGUAGAAAAGAACGUUAUAAGAUCUUGAAAAUCUCAUGCGGGUGUCAUCGUGCUUUGCGUAAUAGUUCGAAAAAUGGGAAACACGUGCGAUCAAUCGAUACCGAUGGUAAAAACGUUGAAUAUGAUAUUAAUAGAAAAGAAUUUAGAUCUUUUAGACCUAUCGUCAAUAUGCAGAGAAGCAGGAUUGACAAAUCCGCGUUUAAAUAUUCAGAAGUAUAUCGUUUAAAGAAGCAAAUUAAAAAAUGGGAAGAAUCUCAUGGUAAGCACUCCUGGGGAAAUAAAUCUUUAGCCGAAACUGCACGUUCCUCGGGAUACGCAAAGAACAUCUUUGAUGUAUCUGAUAAGUUAUCUGUUGUAAAUUGUCGAAAGAGCGUUCAGACUGAAACUUAUGAUGAGUCGAUGAUGAUGAGCGAUUCUUUGAGUGAUCGAUACAGAUUGAAAUACAGUCAGAAGCGAAGUAGACGACUGGUCAAUUUGCGUUCCGUUCACAAUGUGGCAUCAUUUAGAGAAAAGAAUUAUUCGGAGGCACGUGAAACGAAGAUGGAAGCUUUAGGAACCAAUAAUAAUUUUACGUUGGAAAAUAAAAGAGAAACGAAAGCGAGAAAAAGACAGGAUCUGUUGUCGGCGAAUCGAAAACUGUCGAUCGAGCAACGCGAAGCGAUAGAGUUGAAAGCUUUAAAAGCUUAUAACGAGCUUACCUUGUCGGAGGAUAAGAGAGAAUUGGAAGUAAGAAAGGACCGAGAUUCAUCGUUGAAUUACCAACAAUUGACGAAGGAAUCCGAAGUACCAGAGAUGAAAGUUUUAAAAACUUAUAACGAUUCCUUAUCGGAAGAUAAAAAGGAGAUAAAGAGAACGAGAAGAUAUAAUUUGUCGCCAAGUUCCCAGCAAUCGAUUGAUGAACGAAGUACCUCGAGAGUUCGUAACGAACUUGAACGAUCGGGAAGCAAGAGAGAGCUGCAAACUAGGAGAAAACGCGAAUCAUCUAGAGAUGAAACGCCAUCGGAAUGUGAAAAAGUUGUCGAGACUCCAGCGAGCGUCUCUAAUCGUCUUUCAAUAAGUAGUUGUGAGAAUGUCAUGAUCUCCACACCACAUCAGAAUAUAAACAGCAAUUUUAGUCUAAAUCCUUACGCAAGACAGGCGCAUACGUCGCUGAAUCUCUGGGAGAUCACGAGAAACAUCGAAUGGACCGUUCAUCCGCAGGGUAUUAUACUCACUAAUAAGAAUCUGCAAGGUCAAUUCCUUGAGAAUGAGAGAUUUUGCGAAAGCCAACAACGCGACAUUGUUGAUGACAACACUGCCAGCACGUUGCACAGUGCUUUCUUCUUUAAACCCGAGAUCAUAAUGCGGGUCUUUCGACGCGCUCACAACCAGACGAGGAUCGACGAGUUCUUCUCGAGAUUUCCGACGUUCCUGCGGCAGGAUUUCAACACGGAGUUUGUCUGUCAAACGAACAAUGAGAUUAUCGUGCGCCAUUGGAACUCGCCGUUCGACUGCGAUCUCGAACGGAUGAUGGAAAACGACCGAAACAAUCUUGAAGAGCAGUUCAACGCUAAUGAAAAUCGGAAUACCACAAGCGAGCAUGAUCGCAAUCUGUGUAUAAUAGUCAUUGAUCAGGAACAGGUUUCCAACGAAUCGCAAACUGCGAUAGAAGAUUCGAUGACCGUCGAAACUCAAGAAAACACGCGUUCGAGCAUUGAAAGUAUUCAAAUGACGAAUAUUUUGGCAUUCAAUGAAAAUCACAACCGCGUGGAUAAUGCAACCAACGAUAAUUUGCCAGUUCAAUUGAUCACAGAUGUAUUAAGAAAUUUCAGUAUCGAAAUGUCAGAAGGAAGUAUACGCGAUGUUGCAUUGCCGAUCGAAGAAUGCGAAGACAUAGCGCAACUACGUUGAAUGAUCAAGGAAAAGAAUCGGAAUCGAAUUUAAAAGAUACGAAUUAUACAAUUCCACAACUUUAUGAUAGAAUUCCACAAUGUCGGAGUGUCGAAAUUUUGAAAUUGGAGACCAUGAUACCAGAUAGCACAAGAAAUCAGAA